AUGAAGGCCUCUCUCAUUUUGGCCUCGGCCGCGCUGCAGAGCAUCGCAGUGACGGCCCUGCCAGUCACCCUGGCCGAGGAUUCGCUGAGUGCCAGGGACAUCGAUGCGCGCGCGGCUCCGAACCCGUUCUCCGCCGCGGCGAAGGCACUAGGGGGAGGUGGGAAUGGCGAAAGUGUGCCGCAAGCAGCCAACGCGUUUGCUGGUGACGUCGCUGUCGUGUCGUCGUCCCUCAACGGAAUGGGUACCACGACCGACCCAAACCAGAUCCGUACCAUGGCGCGCAAGGCCUUCGUCGCUGAGGAGGACGAGGACCAACAUCGCGCGGUCCUGGACGACGCCGCCGGCAGGGACGCGAGGCAGGCGAACCAGAAGAUCGUCGACAACACCCCCAUUGUUUUGGACGGUCUGCAGUCGAUGAUGAGGAACCCAUCCAUGGCGAACGUCAUGAAGCAACUGUCAAAGGUUGAGUCGGCAAGGAACGCCAACAUCCUGCCCAGCAUCACGCAGCUGUCCAACAGCGCGUUGCAGAACACCGGGUCGGACCAGCAGGCAAAGAAGUUCGACCCGACCACCGGAACCCAGAGCCUGAAGCAGCUCAUGGCCGGUGGCACCGGAGCCGAUACCGGGGCCGACACGAAUGCCAACGCGGGCACCGCGACAAACAAGGGCGGUGCCACUGGCACAGGGAACACUGCUGCCAAGGGAAGCAACGCCGCCACGACCGGAAAGGGCAAGGGCACGGCCGCCGGCGCCGGAACUGCGGCGCAGAAAGGCGGCACAGAUGCCGCUGAUGCCACAACCGGAAAUGCCGCGGCCAAGGGAAGCGGCGCCACGACCACUGGCAAAGGAAAAGGCACCGCGGCCGGCGGAAACGCAGCCGGAGGAAACGCAGCAUCGAAGGGCGGCGCCGCGGCCAAGGGCGCCGGAAACGCGUCGACGGCGGCGGACGCCUCGAGCGCCAAGGGAGGCGCCGACACCGCUGCCGCAAAGACAGGAAAUGCCAGCACGAAGGGGGCCGGCGCUGGUACCAAGGGUGCAGGCAACGCUGCCGCGGCUGAUGACGACGCGGCCACGACCACGAAGGGAGCUGCUGGCAAGGGGAAGACGAACGGGGCGGGAGGAAACGCUGCGGGAGGCAAUGCCGCUGCUGACGACGAGGACGAGGAUAACUAG